ACCCUAUCCACUUUAACCUAUAUUCCUGCUUGAAGGUGUGAUUUUUGACCGGGUCACCCAGCUAACAGCAGGGGGGGGGGGGGAGCGCGAACUCGCCGUCGCAUAAACAAUCCAACGAGAGCUCUUACCUUUAGACAGAGACUCGACACAGCAGCAGCAGACAUGUCUCGGUUAGUCGCACGUCUCUUCGUUGUAGUUUCUCAGCAGGCGAAGGCCAGAUCCGCGUUGUUACCGAGGAGGAUCCGGGUAUUCACCCGUCCUGUAUCCACAUCUCAAGGCCUGCGGUCUCUCACUCGUUAUGAUGAGAGUACAGACUGGCAAAAGAAACUGACCCCAGAACAGUACGUAGUCACCAGAGAGAAAGGGACAGAAAUGCCUUUUAGUGGGAUCUACCUUAACCAUUCUAAAGUGGGGAUGUACCACUGUGUCUGCUGUGAAGUUCCACUUUUCAGUUCAGAGGCUAAGUAUGACUCUGGGACAGGCUGGCCAGCAUUUAAAGAGGCCCAUGGGACAUGGGAGCGGGACGAAAGCCACACCUCCAUCAUUCGUCGCCCUGACAACAGCCUGGGAAGUGCUGGGACUGAGGUUCUUUGUAAAAAUGUGAGUUGUUUUCUGAGCUAUGAAGCCAAAUUUUAGUUUGCUUUGUAUUGUUGUUCUAGUUCAACCUGCAGGGAAAAGAAAGCAAAAAACACCAGAAUGUCAAGUAGAGUCAAGUGAGACUUCUGCCUGCAGCCUCGUCUCUCUGUCUGCAUGUGUAUAACAGCCAAUAGGAACACUCGCUUUCUCUGAAAUGACCUGUAAUUAGCCAUAGUCUCCUGUCACAGCUACAUUUUCUAAAGCCUGAAGUGGAGGUGCAGAACACUUGUUUUUUUCACAGACCACUUGAAUUAUAUGCUGAAAGGUUAUGAUAGAUAG